GCCCCCACCCAAGCUGGGCUAUGGCCGAGCCUAGAGGGCAACUGCCAGAGGAGAUGCUAGUGUUCAUCUUUCAGUACCUGCCCCUGAGGGACCGUGCUGCUGCCGCCAGGGUCUGCAGGGCCUGGGCCGCGGCUGCCACCUGCAGCGCUGUGUGGCAGGACACCAACAUCAGUUGCGACUGUGAGAGGGAAGAUAUGCUGCCGCCACAUAUGUCCGACUGCCUGGACCAUGUUCACAACCUGCGGCUGGAAUUUGAACCAUCCAGGAAGGCAAGUCGCCAGACGGCCACCGAGCUGCUGAUGACGCUGGCGAGCCGUGCCCCGGGUCUGCGAGGCCUGAGCCUGCAGUGCCGCGGAGAAAAGCCGCUCUUCGACGCCGGCCGUGACGUCCUGGAUGCUGUGCAUGCCGUCUGCGGGGCAGCCCGCCAGCUGCGCCACCUCGACCUGCGGCGCUUGCCCUUCACACUGGACGACGCGCUGGUGCUGCAGGCAGCUCGCAACUGCCCUGAGCUCCACAGCCUUUUUCUGGACAACGGUACGCUGGUUGGCAGCGUGGGACCCGGCUCGGUGCUCAAGCUACUGGAGGCCUGCCCGCGCCUGCGCGCCCUCGGCCUGCACCUAGCCAGUAUGUCGCGCGCCGCCCUGGAGGUGCUGGCCGCGCCAGACCGCGCGCCUUUGGUGCUCCUGGCCCUGAGGUGCGCGUGCCCUGAAGAUGCACGCGCGUCCCCUCUGCCCAACGAAGCCUGGACCGAGUUGCGCCGCCGCCACCCUGGCCUGGCCGUGGAGCUGGAGCUGGAGCCUGCGCUGCCAGACGAAAGCGUGACGCGCGUCCUGCAGCCAGCAGUGCCGGUGGCUGCGCUGCGCCUCAAUGUGUCCGGCGACACCGUAGGCCCAGUUCGCUUCGCGGCGCGCCACUAUGCCACAACCCUGCGCGCUCUCGAGGUGCGCGCCGCCGCUUCCGCGGAGCUGGACGCCGCGCUGGAGGAGCUGGCGGCGCGCUGCGCGGGCCUGCGUGAGGUACACUGCUUCUGCGUGGUGAGACCCUCGGUGCGGGACGCUUUCCGCGCGCACUGCCCGCGCCUGCGCACCUACACGCUCAAACUGACGCGCGAGCCCCAUCCCUGGCGGCCCACGCUCGUGGCGUGAUCGGGCAGCCCCUCCCCUCCCCCGCAGACGUGAGGCCUCUGAGAUGCGAGAUGGGGGUGCCGAGGCCGCCCCAUCUGCUAGCCCCUUUCUUCGGGAUUGUUGGCUCCUGUGCCUCUCCGGGAUUGGGAACUGUGGGAUGGCGUCGGGACCACUUCCGGGCGCCCUGAGUCCACUGGAUAUUCGCAGCCUCUACAGACCCCC